AUGGCCUUUCCAAGAUCCAUGUGGCUGAACUGUGUAUGGAGAGCGAUGAUACUCCGCCUGUUACACAUGGGAUUCAAUGCCACUUUUGCUUUUUCUAUACUUGGAUUUUUGCUUCACGCUGCAGCUGUGUCCUCCCAAAAAUUGGAUGAUACCAACCCAGUGGUGACCACCAACUUUGGCAAGAUAAGAGGGAUUAAGAAGGAACUUAAUAAUGAAAUUUUGGGGCCCGUUAUUCAGUUUCUUGGGGUUCCAUAUGCUGCCCCUCCGACUGGGGAGCGCCGCUUUCAACCUCCUGAGCCUCCAUCUCCCUGGGCAGAUAUCAAAAAUACCACUCAGUUUGCUCCAGUGUGCCCCCAGAACAUUAUAGAAGGCAGGUUGCCUGAAGUCAUGCUUCCCGUGUGGUUUACUAAUAACUUGGAUGUAGUUUCCACCUAUGUACAAGAUCAGAACGAAGACUGCCUCUAUUUAAAUAUCUAUGUCCCAACGGAGGAUGUCAAAAGAAUAUCCAAGGAAUGUGCCAGAAAACCCGGCAAGAAAAUUUGUAGAAAAGGAGGUCCCCUUACAAAGAAACAGACAGAUGAUUUAGGUGAUAAUGACGGUGCUGAAGAUGAAGACAUUCGGGACAGUGGGGGACCUAAGCCUGUGAUGGUGUAUAUUCACGGAGGGUCCUACAUGGAAGGCACUGGAAAUUUAUAUGAUGGCAGUGUUCUAGCAAGUUAUGGGAAUGUGAUAGUCAUCACAGUCAACUAUCGCCUUGGGGUACUUGGAUUUUUGAGCACUGGGGACCAAGCAGCAAAAGGAAACUAUGGCCUCCUUGAUCUAAUUCAAGCUUUGAGAUGGACUAGUGAAAACAUUGGGUUCUUUGGCGGUGACCCACUGAGAAUUACUGUUUUUGGAUCUGGUGCAGGCGGUUCAUGCGUCAAUCUGUUGACUUUAUCCCAUUAUUCUGAAGGACUUUUUCAAAGAGCAAUAGCUCAAAGCGGAACAGCUCUCUCCAGCUGGGCAGUUAGUUUUCAGCCUGCAAAAUAUGCCAGGAUGUUGGCUACAAAAGUUGGUUGCAACAUGUCAGACACUGUAGAAUUGGUCGAAUGUCUGCAGAAGAAGCCUUACAGAGAACUUGUCGACCAGGACAUUCAACCAGCAAGAUACCACAUAGCCUUUGGACCAGUCAUUGAUGGCGACGUGAUACCAGACGAUCCGCAGAUAUUGAUGGAACAAGGAGAAUUCCUCAAUUACGACAUCAUGUUGGGAGUUAACCAAGGGGAAGGCUUAAAAUUUGUGGAAAAUAUUGUGGAUAGUGAAGAUGGCAUAUCAGCAAGUGAUUUUGACUUUGCAGUUUCCAAUUUUGUCGAUAACUUAUACGGAUACCCUGAAGGCAAAGACAUUUUGAGGGAAACUAUUAAAUUUAUGUACACGGACUGGGCAGAUCGACACAAUCCUGAGACCAGAAGGAAAACACUGCUGGCUCUCUUUACUGAUCACCAGUGGGUUGCCCCAGCAGUGGCUACAGCAGAUCUUCACUCGAAUUUUGGAUCGCCAACGUAUUUCUAUGCCUUCUACCAUCAUUGCCAGACAGAUCAGGUACCUGCAUGGGCGGAUGCAGCCCAUGGAGAUGAGGUUCCUUACGUCCUAGGAAUCCCCAUGAUUGGUCCUACUGAAUUAUUUCCUUGCAAUUUCUCCAAAAAUGAUGUCAUGCUAAGUGCAGUGGUGAUGACAUACUGGACAAACUUUGCAAAAACUGGUGACCCCAAUCAACCAGUGCCGCAAGACACAAAAUUCAUCCACACAAAACCGAAUCGUUUUGAAGAAGUCGCAUGGACCAGAUAUUCUCAGAAAGACCAACUCUAUCUUCACAUUGGAUUAAAACCACGAGUUAAAGAACAUUAUAGGGCCAAUAAAGUGAACCUUUGGUUGGAACUGGUACCUCAUCUGCACAAUCUUAACGACAUUUCACAGUAUACCUCUACCACAACUAAAGUGCCAUCAACUGAUAAUACUUUCAGACCAACAAGGAAAAAUUCUGUUUCUGUUACUUCAGCCUUUCCCACAGCCAAACAAGAUGAUCCCAAACAACAGCCAAGCCCAUUUUCAGUGGAUCAAAGGGACUAUUCUACAGAAUUGAGUGUUACUAUUGCAGUCGGUGCAUCUUUGCUGUUCCUGAACAUUUUGGCCUUUGCAGCACUGUACUACAAAAAAGACAAGCGGAGACACGAUGUCCAUAGGAGAUGUAGCCCACAACGUACUAAUACCAAUGAUCUCACCCAUGCACAAGAAGAGGAGAUAAUGUCCCUCCAAAUGAAGCACACUGACUUGGAUCAUGAAUGUGAGUCCAUCCAUCCACAUGAGGUGGUUCUUAGGACCGCCUGUCCCCCAGACUACACGCUAGCUAUGAGAAGGUCUCCUGAUGAUAUUCCCUUAAUGACACCCAACACCAUCACAAUGAUCCCCAACACUAUACCAGGGAUUCAACCCCUACACACAUUCAAUACAUUUACUGGAGGACAGAACAAUACUCUGCCCCAUCCUCAUCCCCACCCCCAUUCACACUCAACAACCAGGGUAUAG